GACAAUGAAGUUCCACCUCGUUGUCCGCUCUCUACCACCAUCGGAAAGGAGUUCAUCAUGGCUGGUCCCAUCCGUCAACCUAUCGACCUGGACAAGCUCGCCAAGUACAUUGACGAACAUGUCCCGGAGAUCAAGACCCCGCUGGACGUGAAGCAGUUCGGGUACGGUCAAUCCAACCCAACAUACCUCCUCACCGACACCGCCUCGAAGAAAUAUGUCAUGCGAAAGAAGCCUCCGGGCAAGCUCCUCUCCAAAACCGCCCACCAAGUCGACCGCGAGUACCGAAUCAUCCACGCUCUAGAAGACACCGAUGUUCCCGUACCAAAGGCCAUGUGCCUGUGCACCGACACGUCAAUAGUCGGCACCGAUUUCUACAUCAUGUCCUUUCUCGACGGCCGCAUCUUCGCCGAUCCAUCAUUUCCGGAUGUCAGCCCCAAAGACCGCAAUGCUAUGUGGAAGAGUGCGGUCGAGACAUUGGCGAAGUUCCACAGGACAUCACCAAAGAGCGUGGGCAUGGAGGACUUUGGUCGGCCGAACAAUUUCUACAACCGUCAGUUGAAGACCUUUGCGACGUUGAGUAUCGCCCAGGCCAAGACCAAGGACAUCGAAUCUGGUGUGCCGGUGGGCAUGAUUCCACACUACGACCAAAUGGUGGAGUUCUUUGGCGAUAAGAAUUCGCAGCCCGUCGACCGCGGUACUUUUGUACACGGCGACUACAAAAUCGACAAUGUAGUCUUCCACAAGACCGAACCUUAUGUCAUUGGUAUUCUCGACUGGGAAAUGGCUACGAUCGGUCAUCCAUUGUCCGACGUCGUCAACCUCACAGGACCUUGGACGCAUGCAGCGAAUCGUGCCGAGCAGCAAGCAGACGGCAAAGCGGUCAGCGCACCCGGCGGCAAUUCUUUCUCGUCUGGAGAUCUGGAAGGUCUGCCCACCAAAGCGCAAGUCCUGGACUGGUACCACGCUAUUGUACCGUGGAGAUAUUCGGACAAGGAGGUCACAUGGGGCGAUGCGUUUGGUCAAUACCGUGGAGCGAUCAUUUGUCAAGGAAUUGCGGCGAGGUAUGCAGUGAGGCAGGCGAGUAGUGAGAAGGCGGGCGACUAUGGCAGGAUGAUGGGACCUUAUGGAGAGCAGGCGUGGGAAAGUGUGCAGAAGUAUAUGCGGCAGGCCCAGGCAGAGGGUGGAAAAGCGAAGCUAUGA